AUGGGCGACGCUAAGAAAGUUCACCCAAGCGAGAACAUGGCGAAAGACGGGGGCACAGAGAUUUCGCUCAAGGAAAAAGAGGAAAAACUAGAGUCGGAUUUUGGCCAAGAUGAGAAGAAAAAGGAAGAGGAAGAGAAUAAGCCAGCGGAUAUGGUUGCCUACGGCGACUUGUUUCGAUAUGCGACGGGAAAAGACAAGCUCAGCCUCCUGAUCGCAAUCAUCGCUGCUAUUGGCACGGGUGCUUCCAUGCCGCUCAUGUUCAUCAUCUUUUCUCAAAUGACGGAUUCGUUCACUGUUGUUGGCGGCUUGGGAACAUGCUUCAACGCCACUGCUCCCAAUGCUACGACUCUUCCAAAUCUGUAUCCGAUGCCGAACCCAACCAGCAAUCCACCAUUUGUGACCACGAAUUUCCCCGAUGACUGUAAGGAGAAAACGCUAUCGGACAAAUACUGCAACGGUCCGCUUUCUUCAAGGUCUUUCGUUGGCGUUGCCGCAUUUGAUGUCAAUGGAACUAUUGCCGAUGAAUUCUUCUGCAUGUGCUUUGAUGCUGAAACCUGCAUGAAAGUAACUGGUAUUGAUGACGAAUCAGAACUGCUCGAUGAUUAUGUCUACAAAGCACUAGAAGGAACGCUGUCGAUUCUUGCGCUAAUGAGGCCCUAUGCGAUUUUCUACACUGUUUUUGGAAUCGGAACUUGGCUUUGCGGAUGGAUUCAGACUUGGUUUUUGAUGGCGCAGGCUUCCAAUCAAAUGGCAAGAAUUCGUGCGAAGUUUUUCGACUCAGUGCUUCGCCAGGAUAUCGGAUUUUUUGACACCAAUUCUGCUGGUGAACUCAACACUCGACUUGCUGAUGAUAUCAAAAAGAUCUCCGACGGAAUGGGGGAUAAAAUCGGCAUCACUGUUCAAAGUAUCGCGAGAUUCAUAACCGGCUUUGUGAUCGCCUUUAUUUAUGGGUGGAAAUUGGCUCUGGUUAUCAUGUCGAUUUUUCCUGUUCUGAUGGUCUCGGCCAUCGUGAUGUUCAAAGUCACCACCAGUUACACGGAAAAAGAACUGGACGCGUACGCGACUGCUGGUGGAAUAGCAGAAGAAGUCCUCAGUGGAAUCAAAACAGUAACCGCCUUUUCCGGUCAAGCAGAAGAACUCGCUCGUUACAACAAAAAUCUAGAAGUAGCAAAAGGCGUCGGAAUCAAGAAAAACGUCUCGACUGGCUUUUCCCUUGGAACUCUCUUCCUUGUUCUUUUCUCUGCCUACGGACUUGGUUUCUGGUAUGGCGGAAAAUUGAUCGUCGGAGAUGGAUAUACAAUCGGAGAUGUCAUGCUUGUUUUCUUCGCCAUGUUGACUGGUGCUUUUUCGCUCUCGGCGGCGGGGAACAAUGUCGAAGUUUUUGCGAAAUCGAGAGUUGCUGCUUUCGAAAUUUUCAAGUUGAUCGACAGAAAGUCCCCAAUUGAUCCUCUCUCCGACACCGGCAAAAAACUUGACAAGAAUGCGAAGCCAGAAAUCACCUUCAAAAACGUUUCCUUCACCUACCCCGCGCGCGAGGACCAGCAAAUUCUGUUCAACGUCUCGUUCAAAGCCGAAGUCGGAAAGACCCUCGCCCUAUGUGGCCAAAGCGGAAGUGGAAAGUCCACGUGUAUUCAAUUGAUACAACGAUUUUACGAUGCGCAAGAGGGUGGAGUCUAUUUUGGUGGAGUGGACAUCAAGACGCUCAACGUGAAGAGCUUGAGGGAGGAAAUUGGCGUCGUCUCUCAGGAGCCCGUUUUGUUUGAUGCUUCAAUUAAAGAAAAUAUUCGAUAUGGUCGAUUGGACGUCACUGACAAAGAAAUCUACGAAGCUGCAAAAAUGGCAAACUGCUUUGAUUUCAUCGAGCGCCUUCCAAAUAAGUGGAACACUCAAGUUGGCGAAGGCGGAGCGACUCUUUCUGGUGGCCAGAAGCAGCGAGUGGCGAUUGCUAGAGCGCUGGUCAGGAAUCCGAAAAUUCUUCUUUUGGACGAAGCCACUUCGGCGCUCGAUACAGAAUCAGAAGCGAUUGUCCAGCAGGCGCUGGAGAAAGCUUCAGUUGGCAGAACAACGAUUGUCAUUGCUCACAGACUCUCAACGAUCCGAAACGCGGAUAAAAUCAUCGGCUUCGCGGGCGGUAGAAUCGUCGAAGAAGGAACACACGAAUCAUUGCUCAAAAAAGAAAAUGGCGUUUAUGCGAAUCUCGUGAACAUGCAAUCAUUCGGGGAGGACAAAGACAAGUCCAAGGAAGAAAAAUCAAGCAAAAAAGCUCCCCAAUCGCAAAAAUCAGUCGUCGACCAAAAAGAAAAAUCCGAAGAAAACGAGGACGAGGAUUUACCACAGGCUCCGUGGACGACGAUUUUGAAGAUGAAUGCUCCCGAGUGGCCGUUUUUGCUCUGCGGAAGUAUUUUUUCGGCGAUCGUUGGAAUUGCCCAGCCGCUUUUUGCGAUUAUUUUCGCGGAUAUUUUGUCCAAAGUUUCUUCAUUGGAAGGAGAAGAGCUGGAAGCGGCAAUGGCUGAGAAUGCUAUCAAAUUUGUUCUUCUCGGCGUUUUGAAUUUCGUUGGAAAUAUUGGCGCCGUUUCCUGCUUCGGAAAAGCUGGCGAAGAAUUGACUUUGAGAAUCAGAUCAAAAGCUUUUGAAAAGUACUUGCGACUUCAUAUGUCUUAUUUUGACGAUCCGAUGAAUUCAACUGGAGCUCUGACAACGAGACUUUCCACCGAUGCGUCACGUGUUCAGGGCGCUACUGGUUCGCGGAUGGCCUUGAUCACUCAAAACUUCUUCUCCCUUGGUUUCGCCUUCGUCAUCGCUUUUGCCAAUAUUUGGGAGCUGACAUUGGUCUGCCUCGGUUUUGUCCCGAUUAUGGCUGGAACUGGAUUCUUUAUGAUGCAGCUUUUCAGCGGAAAAAUGGCGCUCAAGGAGCAGAAAGCCUACGAAAAUGCUGGAAAAAUUGCGACUGAAGCUACUUUGAAUAUCAGAACUGUAGCUUCUUUAGCUCGCGAAAAGACUUUCUACGAGAAUUACAUGAAAGAAGUUGCUAUCCCACACGCCUCGGCAAAGAAGAAAGAAUGGCUUUACGGAAUGAUUUACGGCCUUUCUCAGGGAAUCAUCUUUUUCGCUUACGCCGCGACGUUCCAAUUCGGCGGAUAUUUGAUCGAGAGCGGAAGACUUCCCGAAGAUGAUUUUGACAAAAUUUACAAAGUUCUCAUGGCCGUUGUUUUUGGGGCAAUGUCGGCGGGGCAGAGUUCUGCGUUCGCGCCGGAUUUUGGUGAAGCGAAGCUUUCGGCUUUGAGGAUGAUCAAGCUUUUCAACCUUCCAUCUGAAAUCGACCCGACAGACCAGAGCGGCCAGCGACCGGAGAAAAUUAAGGGAGACGUCGAUUUCACCAAUUUGAACUUCACCUACCCAACACGACCAGAUGUUAAAGUUCUCAAAGGACUGACAGUAUCAGUGAAGCAAGGCCAAACCCUGGCGCUUGUCGGCCAAUCGGGUUGUGGAAAAUCAACCUGUAUUCAACUCAUCCAACGAUUUUACAACGGAGAAGGCGACAUCAAAAUCGACGGACUUGAUGUCAAAAAAUGGAACAUCCAGCAUCUCAGGGCGCAAAUCGGCUUCGUUCAACAAGAACCAACGCUCUUUGAAAAAACAAUCAAGGAGAAUAUUUUGUAUGGAUUGCCAAGCGAAAGAGGGAAAGUCAAUCAAGCUUAUACUCCUCAUAACAACGCGACGAAGAAAACACUGACGGAAGACGAAAUGGUUGAGCGAGCUUGCAAAGAAGCAAAUGCAUUUAAUUUCAUUUCGGAUCUGCCUUCGAAGUACGAAACGAAUUGUGGAAAGAAGGGAUCGCAGCUCUCGGGAGGGCAGAAGCAGCGGAUCGCGAUUGCGAGGGCGCUGAUUAGGGAGCCAAAAAUUUUACUGCUCGACGAGGCCACAAGUGCCCUUGAUGCGGAAAGCGAAAAGAUUGUCCAAGACGCGCUGGACAAAGCCCGCGCCGGGCGAACCUGUAUCCUGAUCGCCCAUCGUCUCUCGACUGUCAUCUCCGCCGACGUCAUCGCCGUCGUCGACAAUGGAGUAAUCAUCGAAACCGGCACCCACGACGAGCUGAUAAAGAAGCAAGGAGCGUACUAUAGCCUGAUCAACAGCCAACUCUAA